ACUAGCUAUUUAUCAAUGAGAGACCACACACAGUCUUGGCCAAUUUGCUCCCCCUAUCCUUAUGUGUUAUUUUUGUUUGUGUGUUUAGGAACACCUGGUACUGGGAAGUCUACUCUAGGUCAAGAGCUAGCUCAGCAGCUUGAACUUGAUUAUAUCAAUGUUGGUGAUGUGGCCAAGGAAAAAGAACUCUAUGAAGGCUGGGAUGAAGACUAUGAAUGUCCAAUCUUGGACGAAGACAGGGUGAUAGAUGAACUAGAGGAAGACAUGAAGAAUGGCGGGAAAGUGGUGGAUUAUCAUAGUUGUGAAUUCUUCCCAGAGCGUUGGUUUGACCUUGUCUAUGUCCUUCGUACAAAUAACUCAGUUCUGUUCAACAGACUUGAGCAGAGAGGUUAUUCUGGCCGCAAGCUUGAAGACAACAUCCAGUGUGAGAUCUUCCAGACCAUCUUGGAAGAAGCGUCCAGCUCUUACCUUCCUUCCAUCGUCAGAGAGUUGCCUAGCAACACGCCCGAGGACAUGGAGACAAACAUAAACACCAUUGCGGAUCACAUCCGGCAGUGGAAGGCAUCAAAGAGAUGAGACAAAUCCACUAUACUUUGUUUUUUGUUAUGUCAUCAUAUUCAUGUCUGUAUAAAGUAUGUGCUGAUAUUGCAUGUGCAUUUCUACUUUCUUAUGUAUUUCAAAAACAAAAAAAAUCAAUUACCAUAUGUAGUAUUAACAUCUUCAGGAUUAUUUAAUGCUGCAUCAGCUGAAGAUGCCAUGUCACUAUUAAAUAUAGAUCAAUGUUUCCUGUCUGUAGUCCAAUAUUAACUGUUCAAAACCGAUCUUUGAGGAGAGAUGGAACGGACUAGUGGGCACUGUUUGAGGAGAUCUAGGUCAAGAGUACCUGUCUUCAGUCUACUAUUUAUCUGUUACCAACUGAAACUAGGUUACCCUUGUACAAAUCCUAUGGGUAGUUCAAUUCAGCAGUCAAUGAGUUAACUGAUUCCGCUUGAAGACACAUGAGAAGGCUCCCGUUAUGCUCUGUUCGACGAAUAAAUCUAAGAAAGUGUACCAACUACUUUUUUUUGGUGACGACUUUAUCUUCUGCGAAAUCAGUGAAGAUGAGAUUCCUUAGCUCAUGAAAGAGCAGUCACAGUAAAGCAUCUUGUCGUGCACACCUACGAAAUAAUUCUCCCAUUUUGGAGAAAUAAAAAGAUCAUGUUUUCCCAUUGUUGUCUUAUUUUUGUAGUGUCUGGAAAUCAAUGUUCCUGGCUAUUAUUUAGUUACAUUCAGGGAUUUCACCACGUUUUUUUUUUGCCGACAAAAAUUUUAUCGCCCAAUGCCUUGCCUCGUUAGGUCAUGAGAAGAAAAGGCCAAGCGCAAAUACUGAUUGGUAUAUAGGGCCCAAAUAUUAAAUAAUUUCAAUAUUACAUAUAAUAUGAUAUUACAUUGAUUGCCAAUCAAAACUUCCUAAUGGUGAAGGAUUUUUACCUGCGCCAGCCUCUGUCACAUCUGGUCACCUUUCAUUAACUACAUGUAUAUUGUUAUUUUUUAACAAAACACAUUGUAUUGGACAUUAAAGAUUACUAUUUAUUGUGAGUUAACUUUUUUUAAUGAAUCCUACACUCAUGUUAUCAUGCUCAUUCUAGUUGAAAUCUUCCAUUCAUUCUCAGAUAAUGCUUGAAGUGAAUAAUGUAGCAGAAAAGUAAGAAGAAAUGAUGUAUACCUUGAAAUUUUUCAAAAAUUGUUUGUGACCUGGCAAGUCACCAUGGAUCAUAUUAAAAUUGUUGUCAUUAAUAUAGACAAAGGCUAAUCCAAAAGUUGAAUAAUACCAAAAAAUUAAUAUUUUUUUAACAAGGUGAUAUCAGAUGAUAUCGUUGUUUGAUUCAGCACGAUUUGCAGAUCAGUCAUAUAUUGCAUAUUUCAUGAGGAUAAGAAAUAGUUUCUUCUGAUUUACAUUUUACUAUAUUUAUUGGUUACCAGGCUAAAGCCAGCCAGUCAAAAGGUGUGCAAUUUUGAUGUUCAUCUGUGUACCCAACUUGUUUGCUCAUUAAUGGGCAACAACAUCUUGAUAGCAAUAUAUCACAAAAGUAGUUUUUUUUUUUUUGGGGGGGGGUACAUUUUAAGUCCAGGGCAUUGUAAAUAACAACUUCUUGUAGUACAAAGAAUUUCAAUUGAUCAUAUCAAUCAAUAAACACACUGUCUAUUGGCUUACAUUUAUCUUUUUAUAAACAUAAUAUUGUCUGUAUUUCAUGAUAAGUAGCCAUAGAGGAACAAUCCAUUUAUCAUCUCGGUAUUUUUUUAAUAGAUCUAAAAUUUUGGAUUUUAGCUGAAAUAACUGCAGCUUGAAUCUAUGAAAAUAAAUAUUCAGUGAAUGAGUUAACAAGGUGCCCAAUGCAGUUUUAUAAAAUUAUGUUAUUAUAACCAGAUUUAUUUCAGAUCACAAAUAUGAGCUUCUUAUUGGUUGCAUAUCAAGUUUUGUUUGUAGUUGCAUUUGAUUGCAAAUCUUUUCCCAAAAGAGUCCCCAGGGUCCUAUCUUACAAAGAGUUGCGAUUGAUCCGAUCAAUCACAACUAUGGAAAGCCAGCAAAGUCAACAUACGAAAUGCAUGUUUGUUCAAAAAAAAUUCUGAUAUGAAUGUAUAUCCAUUAAAGGGGAAUCCAGCCUUUGCUAUAAAUGUUGUGUUGGGAAGGACAAAAAAUAAAUUAAAGAGAAUGGCGAAAGUUAGAAAGAAAUCGGACAAGGAAUAAGAAAGUUAUAGCUGCUUUUAAAUUGAGAUCACUAAUAGUAUGUAGAUUUCAAAUUGGCAACUGGGUAAGUAAAUUAUGACAAGGGGCAAGGACAACUUUCCCAUAGGCCAUGUACUUUAUUAUCAGGGAUUUGUGGUUUUCUCCUAAGUACCCAUUCCCUGGGGCAGUAAUCUAAAUAUAAUCCAGGUAGUAUAUUGCUUUAUGUCCUCAUGAAAGAAAAAUAUAAUUUGAAAUAAAACUUUGGGGGAAAGUGACAUUUUAGCCACAAUAUGUAUUGGAGUUCAUGGAAGAGUAGUCCUUGCCUUACAUCACUAUGACAUCCCAUAUGCGGCCAAUUUGAAGUCUCCAUGGGUAUAGUGAUUACCAAUAUUAACAACUUUUAAAAAAUCAUAACUUUCUUGUUGUUUGUCCAAUAUUGUUCAAACUUUCACCUAUCAACUUGUCUGAUUUUUCAUUUUCUUAUAAAAACAAGUUUUUAUUUGGGUUGGAUUCCCCUUUAAUUCCUUGAUUUCUUAAAAAUUUAGUGUGUUCUCCUUUGUUUACAAAAGGCAUUUUGCGAAUUUCCUGUAGAAAAAAAUUAUGACCCUGAUGGAUUUCCAUAGAUUUACAAUUGAUUGGAUCAAUUGAACUCUUUGUAAGACGGGGCCCAGAUGUAUUUGGAUACAUAGAUGUUUUAAUGCUUUUCUUUCUUCCUCUUCAAUUUGGUAUAAAAAAUUGCUGUUUGGAUUGCUUUUAUUUAGAUUGUUAAUUACUAUUCAGAUGUACCGGUAAUUAAAUUGAAUAAAAGGGCAUUCAUUGGCUCAAUUCAGGCCAGUA